AUGUCGUCGGAAGGAGAGAGCUCGCGCAAGACCGUCUUCGUGGUGGGGCUGGGGAUGGUCGGCAUCGCCUUCAUCGAAAAGCUACUCAACCUCGAUGCAGCCUGCAAGUACCGCAUCGUAACCUGCGGCGAAGAGACACAUCUCGCGUAUAAUCGUGUGGCUUUGACUGAGUAUUUCCAGCACCGUAGCGUUGAGAAACUCUACCUGAACUCCCCCGACUGGUAUGCGAAGCAAGACCCGGACAGGUUCAGCUUCUACGUCGGGGAGACAGUCAUCAAGAUCGACACUGAGGCUCACGUCGUAGUCACGGACAAGGGCCGUGAAGUCAAGUAUGACUACUGUGUCAUCGCCACGGGCUCCGAGGCGACACUGCCGAGUUAUGCGAGCAGGGACGUACCUGGCCUGUUCGUAUACAGGAACAUCGCCGACAUGGACUCGCUCCUAGCGUACUCGGAGAAAGACACUGUCAAGGGCGGCAAGGCCGCAGUUCUCGGCGCGGGUCUGCUCGGUCUCGAGGCCGCCAAAGCUGUAUAUGACCUCGACACAAUCAAGGACGUGACGAUCAUCCACCGCCAGACAUACCCGCUCUCCCGCCAGCUAGACAACCACGGCGGCGAGAUCGUCCGAAGGCGGAUCGAGGCCAUGGGUGUCACCUUCCUUGGCGGCGCCUCCGUGCAGAGGCUCGCCACGAACGACGCUGGCGUUCUGACCGGCCUCGAGUUGACGGACGGGAGCUCCGUCCCGUGCGACGUCGCCGUGGUCGCCAUCGGCAUCACGCCCCGGGACGACCUGGCACACGCGAGCGGGAUCCGGUGCGCGGAGAGGCACGGGAUCGUCGUCGACGACAGCCUGCGCACGAGCGCCCCGGACGUGUUCGCCAUCGGCGAGUGCGCGAGCUGGCGGGACAACACGUACGGCCUGAUCGCGCCCGGCGUCGAGAUGGCGGACAUCCUUGCGUUCAACCUGACCCAGACGCAGACGGACGUCGGCGAGUUCAGGCCGCGGAAGAUGAACACCCCCGACCUGUCGACGAAGCUGAAGCUCAUGGGCGUCGACGUUGCCUCCUUCGGGGACUACUUCGCGGAGAAGCGCCGUCCCAAGCCUGCCGACAGUGCGGUUCAGUCAGGACAGUGCGCUCCCCCCUAUGCCGAUGCCUCUGCGCCCAAGAAGCGCCACGGGCACGGACCCCCAGAGGACGGGCCCACCGAGACGCUCACGUACCGCGACCCGUUCGCGGGCGUGUACAAGAAGUACAUCUUCACCGCGGACGGGAAGCACCUCCUCGGCGGGAUGAUGCUCGUCGCGCUCGUGAAGAAGAAGAAGGCGCUCGACGUCCCGCCGUCGCAGUUCGUGCUCGGCGCGGGCAGGGCGGGCGACGACGCGGGCGCGGACCUCGACGACGACGCGCAGAUCUGCUCGUGCCACAACGUGAGCAAGGGCGACGUGCUCCGGAGCGUGCGCGCCGGCGCGCAGAGCGUCGGCGACGUGAAGGCGCGCACGAAGGCGGGGAGCGGGUGCGGCGGGUGCAUGCCGUUCUUGACGAACAUCUUCAAGGCGGAGAUGAAGCGGGCGGGGAACAGCGUGAGCAACUAUAUAUGCCCGCACUUCAGCAUGAGCCGCGCGGACCUGUUCGACGUGGUCAGGAUCAAGAAGCUGAAGACGUUCACGGACGUCGUGGAGAGCAUCUGCAAGCCUGCCGUGGGCAGUAUCCUGUCGUCGCUCUGGAACGAGCACGUCAUGAAUCCCGUGCAUCACUCAAAUCAGGACACGAACGAUAGGUUCAUGGCGAACAUCCAGCGCAAUGGCACAUUCUCCGUUGUCCCUCGAGUCGCCGCUGGCGAGAUUACGCCAGACAAAUUGAUUGUCCUCGGCCAAGUUGCGAAGAAGUACGGCCUGUACUCGAAGAUUACUGGCGGACAGCGUGUCGACCUGUUCGGUGCACAGAAGGCCGACUUGCCUUCGAUCUGGAAGGAGCUCAUCGACGCCGGCUUCGAGAGCGGACACGCCUACGGCAAGGCACUGCGCACGGUCAAGUCGUGCGUCGGCACCAACUGGUGUCGCUACGGCAUCGGCGACUCCGUCGGGAUGGCGGUCCAGCUCGAGGAGCGGUACAAGGGUAUCCGCUCGCCGCACAAGAUCAAGGGCGGCGUGAGCGGCUGCAUCCGGGAGUGUGCCGAGGCGCAGGGCAAGGACUUCGGCCUCAUCGCUACGGACAAGGGCUGGAACAUCUUCCUGUGCGGCAACGGCGGCGUCACUCCGAGACAUGCAACACUCUUUGCUAGUGACGUCCCCCCGUCGAAGGUCCUCGGGAUUCUUGAUCGCUUCCUCAUGUAUUACAUCCGGACCGCCGACAAACUCAUGCGGACGUCCCGCUGGCUCGAGGAGAUGGAAGGCGGUAUAGAGAAACUCAGACGGGUCAUCCUGGACGACGAGCUCGGCAUCUGCGAGGACUUGGAGAAGGAGAUGAAGGACCUCGUCGGGACAUACUACGACGAGUGGAAGGCGGUCGUAGACAGCCCUGAACGUCAGAAGCAGUUCCGACAAUUCGUCAACACGGAUGAGCGACGUUUGCCUGUGGAGCAGGUGCUGGAGCGCGGUCAGCCACGACCGGCAGACUGGGCGAAGGCAUUCCCACCAGCGCGCUUGAAGGAGGACAGUAUCCGGACUCCCAAGGAGCAGUGGAGAUGGCGCAAGCUGGCUCAACUGGAGGAUCUGAUUCCUACGGAUGCAGGCACAACAUCUGUCGCCGUCAAGUACGGCGAUAGCCAACUCGCUAUCUUCCACGUACCUCGGAAAGGUUACUUUGCAACACAACAAAUGUGCCCACACAAACGCGCGUUCGUUCUGGAACAUGGCAUUGUUGGCGACGACCCAAACUCGGGCAAGGUCUACGUCUCAUGUCCUAUGCACAAGCGUAACUUCACUCUCAAAGGAGGCGAUUGUCUGAACGACGACAACUACAACAUCCUGACCUUCGAUGUCCGCGUAGAGGACGACGACAUCUCGCUACUACUCCCGGAAGCGGAAGAACUAGACGAAUUGAUUGGGACGAGCAAGUGGAUGGUCAAGCGGAAAACCGCGGAAAUCAUUGACAAAGGCCUCGGAGAUGGCGUUGAAGUAGCAGGUUCUGACACAGGUUGCGGCGGACAGUCAACAGCGUGUGGUGGCGAUCCGAGAUUGGAUUGGUGA